CCCUCUCCUGUCUGCCUCCUCUUAUCCUUUCAGGCUCCUCUGCUCUUCUUAACCCCCCCUUUACUCUCCUUCACAAUUCUCCAACAACAAAUAUGUCUACUGUAAUGAGACCUGUGUCUCUGGUUGACUCAACUUGCCUUGUUUCUUUGCCUUCACUCUUCACCACUUCUUCCAAGCUUCCAUCUCUUCUCUCACUUCCUUCAAAGCCCAUCAACCUUGUCUUCUUAUCUUCCUCCACUCAGCCAACCUUUUCCUCCCUCAAAACAAAAACCCAUUUCCCUUCCCUCGUUGCCUUUUUGGCCCAGACGUCAGAUUGGGCUCAACAAGAGGAGGAAAACGACACCACCCUAACCAUUGAUGACCAAGGAACUGAAAGUGAAGGAGGGGAAUCAACAUGGGAAAAUGAGGAGAGUGAUGGGGCUGAAGCAAGUUUGUCUGAUUGGGAACCUCAAGGUGAGGUCGCUGGUAGUGGUUCAGAAGACGAGGAUGCUUCCGAACCUUCUGAGGAAGCUAAAUUGUUUGUUGGGAAUCUGCCUUAUGAUGUUGAUAGUCAAAGCUUGGCUAUGCUUUUUGAGAAAGCUGGAACUGUAGAAAUUGCUGAGGUUAUUUACAAUAGGGAUACUGAGCAAAGCCGUGGGUUUGGCUUCAUAACUAUGAGUUCAGCAGAGGAAGCUGAGAAGGCUGCUGAAACAUUUAAUGGUUAUGAUCUCAAUGGAAGGCUCUUGACCGUAAAUAAGGCCUCUCCUAGAGGAUCAGGUAUCGACCAAUCCCCUCGUGUUUAUGAACAAGCUUUUAGAGUCUAUGCGGGUAACCUUCCAUGGGGUGUGGAUAAUGCUCGAUUGGAACAAAUUUUCGGUGAACAUGGUAAAGUAUUGGAGGCUCGUGUAGUCUAUGACAGGGAGACUGGCCGUUCGCGUGGUUUCGGUUUUGUGACUAUGUCCUCAGAGACUGAACUGAAUGAUGCCAUUGCUGCUCUCGAUGGACAGAGUCUGGAUGGAAGAGCUCUAAGAGUAAAUGUUGCAGAGCAAAAACCAAGGCGAAGCCCCUUUUGAGCUGAAAUGAUUAUAGAUUAAGACUAUAUGUUGCUGUUGGUUUUUUAUUUCAUAUUUGCCCUUUCCUAUUUCUAUUUCUAUUUCUUUUCAUUUUAUUAACAGUUCUGAAGUUUUGCAAAAUAUUUGUAUGGAAUAUUUUUAUCCAGAGAGUUGGUCAUCAUUUGGAAGAAA